AAAGCCCAAGGUGCUGCCGUUGCUAGUACAAGUCGGAUUUGCUGUCGCCGGAGUAGCGUCCGUACACGUCUCGGACCGAGCGCAGCCCGUCGCCGCGGUCCCGGAACCCAGCCAGUCCUCACCCGUCUCCGACCCGCGGUGAUGGAGCCGGCCACCGCGCUGCCCCCGGGCCCGCGCCCGGCGCUGCCCCUCGGGGGCCCGGGCCCACUGGGCGAGUUCCUGCCUCCCCCCGAGUGCCCGGUCUUCGAGCCUAGCUGGGAAGAGUUCGCGGACCCCUUCGCUUUCAUCCACAAGAUCCGGCCCAUAGCCGAGCAGACUGGGAUCUGUAAGGUGCGGCCGCCGCCGGAUUGGCAGCCACCAUUUGCAUGUGAUGUUGACAAACUUCAUUUUACUCCACGUAUCCAGAGGCUGAAUGAAUUGGAGGCUCAAACUCGAGUAAAACUGAAUUUCUUGGACCAGAUUGCAAAGUACUGGGAGUUACAGGGAAGUACUCUGAAAAUUCCACAUGUGGAGAGGAAGAUCUUGGACUUGUUUCAGCUCAAUAAGUUAGUUGCAGAAGAAGGUGGAUUUACAGUUGUUUGCAAGGACAGAAAAUGGACCAAAAUUGCCACCAAGAUGGGAUUUGCUCCUGGCAAAGCUGUGGGGUCCCAUAUCAGAGGGCAUUAUGAACGCAUCCUCAAUCCCUACAACUUGUUCCUGUCAGGAGAUAGUUUGAGGUGUCUGCAGAAGCCAAACCUGAGCACAGACACAAAGGACAAGGAAUACAAACCUCAUGACAUUCCCCAGAGGCAGUCUGUGCAGCCCUCAGAAACAUGCCCCCCAGCCCGACGAGCAAAACGCAUGAGAGCAGAGGCCAUGAAUAUUAAAAUAGAACCAGAAGAGACAGCAGAAGCCAGAACUCAUAACCUGAGACGACGAAUGGGCUGUCCAACUCCAAAAUGUGAAAAUGAGAAAGAAAUGAAAGGCAUCGUCAAGCAAGAAACCAUUGAGAAGAAAGAAUACAUUGUAGAAAACGAGAAGGAAAAACCCAAAAGCCGAUCUAAAAAAGCCACCAAUGCUGUGGAUCUAUAUGUCUGCCUCUUAUGUGGCAGUGGCAAUGAUGAAGACCGGCUGCUUUUGUGUGACGGGUGUGACGACAGUUACCACACCUUUUGCUUGAUCCCCCCUCUCCAUGAUGUUCCCAAGGGAGACUGGAGGUGUCCUAAGUGUUUGGCUCAGGAGUGUAGCAAGCCACAAGAAGCAUUUGGCUUUGAACAAGCAGCCAGGGACUAUACCCUCCGUACUUUUGGGGAAAUGGCAGAUGCAUUCAAAUCUGAUUAUUUCAACAUGCCAGUCCAUAUGGUUCCCACAGAGCUAGUAGAGAAAGAAUUUUGGCGACUGGUAAGCACUAUUGAAGAGGAUGUCACAGUAGAAUAUGGAGCCGAUAUUGCCUCUAAGGAAUUUGGCAGUGGCUUCCCUGUCCGAGAUGGAAAAAUCAAACUUUCGCCUGAGGAGGAGGAGUACCUUGAUAGUGGCUGGAAUUUGAAUAAUAUGCCGGUGAUGGAGCAGUCUGUCCUUGCUCACAUUACUGCUGAUAUAUGUGGCAUGAAACUUCCUUGGUUGUAUGUAGGAAUGUGCUUUUCUUCAUUCUGUUGGCAUAUUGAAGAUCACUGGAGCUAUUCAAUUAACUACCUGCACUGGGGUGAGCCAAAAACCUGGUAUGGAGUCCCGGGGUAUGCUGCGGAGCAGCUAGAAAAUGUAAUGAAGAAACUAGCUCCAGAGCUCUUUGUGUCCCAGCCAGAUCUUCUCCAUCAGCUUGUGACCAUCAUGAACCCCAAUACCCUGAUGACUCACGAAGUGCCUGUUUACCGAACUAAUCAGUGUGCUGGGGAGUUUGUGAUUACAUUUCCAAGAGCCUACCACAGUGGUUUUAAUCAAGGUUUUAAUUUUGCUGAGGCCGUUAACUUCUGUACUGUUGAUUGGCUGCCAUUAGGCCGACAGUGUGUGGAGCAUUACCGCUUGCUUCACCGCUACUGUGUAUUUUCCCAUGAUGAGAUGAUUUGCAAGAUGGCUUCCAAGGCUGAUGUACUAGAUGUUGUGGUCGCUUCAACUGUUCAGAAAGACAUGGCCAUUAUGAUUGAGGAUGAGAAGGCUUUAAGAGAAACUGUCCGUAAAUUGGGAGUAAUUGAUUCAGAAAGAAUGGAUUUUGAGCUGUUGCCAGAUGAUGAGCGUCAGUGUAUAAAAUGUAAAACCACAUGCUUCAUGUCUGCCAUCUCCUGUUCUUGUAAACCUGGCCUGCUUGUUUGCCUGCAUCAUGUAAAAGAAUUGUGUUCCUGUCCUCCUUACAAAUAUAAACUGAGGUAUAGAUACACUCUGGAUGAUCUCUACCCCAUGAUGAAUGCACUGAAGCUUCGAGCAGAAUCUUACAAUGAAUGGGCCGUGAAUGUGAAUGAAGCUUUGGAGGCAAAGAUUAACAAAAAGAAAAGUCUUGUCAGCUUUAAGGCUUUAAUUGAAGAAUCUGAAAUGAAGAAAUUCCCAGACAAUGAUCUUUUGCGUCACCUUCGCUUAGUCACGCAGGAUGCAGAGAAGUGUGCCUCUGUCGCACAGCAGCUGCUUAAUGGCAAAAGACAGACUAGAUACCGAUCUGGUGGUGGAAAAUCCCAAAAUCAAUUGACAGUGAAUGAGCUCCGGCAGUUUGUGACACAGCUGUAUGCGCUUCCAUGUGUCCUCAGUCAAACACCUUUGCUAAAGGAUCUCUUGAAUCGUGUAGAAGAUUUCCAACAGCACAGCCAGAAAUUGCUCUCUGAGGAAAUGCCCAGUGCUGCAGAGCUGCAAGACUUGCUGGAUGUCAGCUUUGAAUUUGACGUUGAACUUCCACAGCUUGCUGAGAUGCGUAUCCGUCUGGAGCAGGCCCGUUGGCUAGAAGAGGUGCAGCAAGCUUGCCUAGACCCUAGCUCCCUUACAUUAGAUGAUAUGAGACGUCUCAUAGACCUAGGGGUGGGUCUGGCCCCAUAUUCAGCAGUGGAGAAAGCAAUGGCCCGGCUUCAGGAACUGCUCACAGUGUCAGAGCACUGGGAUGACAAAGCCAAGAGUCUUCUCAAGGCCAGACCUCGGCAUUCAUUGAACAGCCUUGCUACGGCAGUUAAGGAGAUUGAGGAGAUCCCUGCAUAUCUGCCAAAUGGUGCAGCUCUCAAAGACUCGGUGCAGAGAGCCAGGGACUGGCUUCAGGAUGUGGAGGCCCUGCAGGUUGGAGGACGUGUGCCAGUAUUAGACACACUCAUAGAACUUGUUACCAGAGGCCGAUCUAUCCCGGUACAUCUGAAUUCUUUACCAAGACUGGAAUUACUAGUAGCUGAGGUUCAGGCUUGGAAAGAAUGUGCUGCUAAUACAUUCUUGACUGAGAAUUCUCCAUAUUCUCUCUUAGAGGUGCUGUGUCCUCGAUGUGACAUUGGCCUUUGGGGAUUGAAGAGGAAGCAGAGGAAGUUUAAGGAGCCCUCACCAAGUGGAAAGAAGAAAAGCACCAAACUAGAGAGUCUGAGUGACCUGGAGAGAGCUUUAAGUGAAAGCAAGGAGACUGCUUCCGCUAUGGCAACACUUGGGGAAGCUCGCCUAAGGGAAAUGGAAGCCUUGCAGUCUCUCAGGCUAGCCAAUGAAGGGAAGCUGCUGUCACCUAUCCAAGAUGUGGAGCUGAGAGUCUGCCUGUGUCAGAAGGCCCCAGCUGCCCCCAUGAUCCAGUGUGAACUCUGCAGGGAUGCUUUCCACACGAGCUGUGUGGCGGUACCCAGUAUUUCACAAGGCCCCCGAAUCUGGCUUUGUCCUCAUUGUCGGAGAUCAGAAAAGCCUCCAUUAGAGAAAAUUCUGCCCCUGCUGGCCUCCCUGCAGCGUAUCCGCGUUCGCCUUCCUGAGGGAGAUGCACUUCGAUACAUGAUCGAAAGAACGGUGAACUGGCAGCACAGAGCCCAGCAGCUGCUCUCAUCAGGGACCCUCAAGUCUGUGCAGGACCGAGUGGGAUCGGGACUGUGGUACAGCAGAUGGCAGGCCUCAGCGGGACAGGUGGCCGAGACAAAUAAGGUGUCUCAGCCUACUGGCACAACAUCCUUCUCCUUGCCUGAUGACUGGGACAACAAAGCCUCAUAUGUACACUCUUCCUUCUCCACUGGCCGAAGUUGUAUCCCCCUCCAUGGUGUUAGUCCAGAAGUGAAUGAACUGUUGAUGGAAGCCCAGUUGCUCCAGGUAUCUCUUCCUGAAAUUCAGGAACUUUACCAGACGUUACUUGCAAAGCCAGCCCCUGCUCCGCAAACUGAUCGGAGCUCACCAGCUAGACCCAGCAGUGAGAAGAAUGAGUGCUGCCGUGGGAAGCGAGACGGAAUCAACAGUCUUGAGAGAAAACUGAAGAGACGCCUGGAAAGAGAAGGCCUCUCCAGUGACCGAUGGGAUCGAGUUAAAAAAAUGCGGACCCCCAAAAAGAAGAAAAUUAAACUGAGCCACUCCAAGGACAUGAACAGUUUCAAGUUAGAGAGAGAGCGUAGCUAUGAGUUAGUCCGUUCUGCCGAAACUCAUUCCCUUCCCUCAGACACAUCCUAUUCGGAACAGGAGGACUCUGAGGAUGAAGAUGCCAUCUGCCCAGCUGUGAGCUGCCUGCAGCCAGAAGGAGAUGAGGUGGACUGGGUCCAGUGUGAUGGCAGCUGCAAUCAGUGGUUUCACCAGGUCUGUGUUGGUGUUUCUCCAGAGAUGGCAGAGAAAGAAGACUACAUCUGUGUGCGCUGUACUGUGAAGGACGCACCAAGCCGAAAAUAAAAAACACAAACACAAACACCCCCCACCCCCAACCACUUAAUGUAAUUCAGGACUCCAACCGAGAAGAUUUCUUCAAUUUCUCAGCAAAGCUACAGGACUGGUAUUCAGGCCAGCCUGUAAACGGUGCUAUUUCUAUUCCUUACGGGAUCAUUUUUCCAGAACUCUUUGAAAAAAAGAAAAAACAACUAAAAAAUUUUUUGACACUUUUGUAUUUUUUUCCUUAAGAGCUGUUUGUGGUUGUUGAGGUGUGAAAUGCUGACUGGUUUUUUUGCAGGGGUUUCCAGCAAUUUGGAAGGCAUUGGAGCUUUCACCUUUUCAUGUACAGCAUUAAAGUCUUACCUCUGUCUGGGAUUUACCGGCUUAAGAGUCCAACUCAGUUCCAGUGCCCAGAAGGGCUCCAGAGAUUCCAGUAAAUCCUCAUUUGAGGAAUUUCUCUCUUGUUUACUCUGUUACCAUAUUGGGGAACUUAAGUUUUUCACUUUUGGGGUUUUUGUUUGUUUCUUUAUCCACUUUUCUUUUUCCUGGUAGACUAGGUUUAUUUAUCAAAGCAAUAACUUCUAUGUUGGUUUCAGUGGCUGGAAUUAAAACAAAACAAAACAAACUUCCAAACAGUGUGUUGGUGCUUUAGCAUUUGGUUGAUGUACAGAACACAAAUGUCUAGUUUCUAGUGUCACUGAUGAACUAGUGAUGUAGAAAAGAGACUGCUCUGUAAGUAAUUGCCACAGCUGUAUUUUGGCUUUUCCCCUGCCCCUUCCUUCCUCUCCUAUUUUUUUGGUAGCUUGUAUCAAAUGUUGCAGUUUAUAUUGUGGAAUAAAUCCUUGGUCCUAAUUUAACACUAAAUGCUGGUUAUUUAGAGCCAUUAGACUACAGCUUCAUACUCCCCUCUACUUUGUGGGCUUGGAAGAGCAAGAGGGGGGUUGCUUGCUUUUGCCUCUGCCCAACUAGACUACAGCAGUGGUGGAUGGUUCUUCUGUAUCCUGUUCUGUUUGGUGGGCCAUAUGCCUCCCGUCUCUACUAAUAAAGAACCUCACCUAGUCUUCAAGGAGUAGAACUUGUCUUUAAAGCCAUGAUGCUUUUCAGUAAGCUUUUCAGAAUGGUGGCAAAUCAUUCCAAUCCUCAAUUCAGUCCUCGUGAGAAUGAUGUCUUCAUUAUAUUGGAAUUGACAGGAAAACCUGGUUUAGGGUUAAGAUGUCAAAAGGAAAUCUAAGAAGAUGGUCCUUGCAGAGGGCUGGGAAAGUGUGGGUCGAGGGACAGCUUGUAAACAUGCAGGCUCUGCCUCCGACACUUCCUUCCCUGUGUCUGACUCUAGCUGUGGUUACUGGUUGUCCAUAGUCCACAGUCUUUCUCCUUCUCUCUUUUUUAAAAGGUUCUGUUCUGCAGUGAAGAAGGCCUUCUGCUGAACAGAACAGACGCUUGCUUGGGUUUUCAUCUUCUGUUGGUAAUACUUAUCCACCACCGCCACCCCCCGUUCUAUAGCCAUAAACCAGGAGAUGGGUAGAACUAGUGGGUCUUGAAUGAAAGAAAACAAAAACAGCAGUUUGUGAUGUAGCAGAGAUUUAAAUGAACUAUAUCCCCUUUGAUGCAAUUCAAAUAAUUAAAUCUCUUUAAGAAUGACUUGCAAUUGUCUGCAGUUUUCCCGCAGUUGUUGUGAUGUUUGUCCUCGUCUGUUGAGAGUUCUGGGGCCAAAAGGGAAGAAGAGUCUCCAGAGGACAAUCUGGAAUAAUCGUGCUUUGGCCUUUUUAAGUAUCCGAAUUCUUAGAACCCCUGACACUGGGACAGGAUGCCAGCUGUCCCAGUUCCAUUGAGAUUAUAAGCUAAAAGGAUACACUGCAGUUAAAGCUUUUGCCCAUCUGGUAUGUAUCUCCUGUGCCCCCUCCUCAUUUUUCUUCCUCACGUAUGGGUUGUCCACAGUCCCUGACGACAGCGUUCCCAGUGAGGUAGCUUCUCUGCCUCUCUGAGUCGGGGGAAGGGCAAGAAUGUGUGUAUUUACUACCCCCUUUCCCAGGAGAGAGCCUCUGAUGUUUUCACAUAACGAUGAUACUGAAGUUGGAGAGAGCUGUCACCUGCCCACUGUUAAGAACCCAGAUCUCAACUGCAGAGUGGUAUUAUCUAAAAACUUGUUUACGGGGUGUUAGCUGUGAAGCCGGCCUGUGUCCUAGAAAAACUUCUGCACCUGAGAAAGAGGAGAAAACACAGAGAAACUGAUGCUUCGUCUCCAUAGCCCUGCAGCGGCAUGAGGUGUGAGAAGGAAGAGCCUGAGUCUGAGCCGGGAGAGGGAAGGAGUCUAGUGAACUCAGCGCCAGAGGGCGGAUGAGUGCCCCUGCUUCAUGCCGGUGGCUCUUGUGUUUUUGUUUUUCCUUCUUCCAAAUCAGACUGGAGGAUUUCUUAUGUGGACUCAAGAAAGGGCUUAUUUCUUAAUGUAGGCUCUAGGCUGGAGAAAGGUGUAAUUUAGACUAGCUGUAAAGGAGUUAGACUUCUUUUCACAAUUUCGUUUCAGCAUCGUGGGAGGUGGAACUUAAUUUCUUCUAUUUCAAGGUUAGCCUAAAGCCAGAGAUGCUGUCCAUGGUGGUAAAGGUUGGUAAAAGCCUGCAUUUCCGUGCUUCAUUCUGCCAUACAGAGCUUCAAAAAAUGCUGUAUAAAGAUCUUGAGACUUCAGGUCUUCCGUUUUGACAGAAGUAUCUGGGAUUCACUUAAUUUGCUGUUAAAAUUAACCUGACCCUUCGGGUAUUUAUGCAGGAUAACCGUGAGAACAAAGUGGAGUCCUACCUGGAAAGGGGGUAAAACUUGGUGUUGCAUUGUACAUUUUGUUGAACUCAAGACCCUUUUGUAAUGGGUUUCUGCCUCUUCUGUUUUUUUCAUAAUCUUGCUGGGUAUUUGGCACUGUAUUAAGACCUGCUUCUGGCUUGGAUCAGGCACUGAGUGAUAUUUUGUGCUCCUGGGUGUUCUGGGCUUAGUCCUGCCUAGAUUUCUUGCCACAUAGCACAGACUGGAAUGGGUUAUAGAUGCUAUUAUAUACCUGUAACAGGAGAUAGAAUUGAACGACAGAUACUUCAAGUCAUUAACCAUCACCAUUCAAUAUCUGACUGUGCUAGUCUAUGAUAGGUAUCUACCUGUAUUAAGAGGCCUUUCGUUGCCAUAUUGAUGUAGAAAACACAGUCCUCUUCUGAUGAAAGUUUACCUGUUGGGAAGAAGAGCUGAGGAAAACAGUGAAGAUCCCAGUGCCUUGAUUUAGCUCCAUAUGAGAGUCGGAGUCCUUUCUCAGCUCCUAUUUGGGCACCAGAGCGAUGGCCUCACACCUUUUGCCCCUGUCAUCAGCCCUUUGCAUGUAGCUCCUCAGGCUUCCCAACUUUCUGAGAGGUUCCGUGUGUAACUAACUUGUAAUAGAAAUGUUACUGAAAAGCUGCCUAAACAAAAUAUUGUAUAAAGUAGGAACUUGUGUAAAGUAAUACUGUUGUAAAUCCAUUUUGAAAGUAUAAAGAAUCAAUUUGUAAAGUGUA